AUUAAGCUUAUAAUUGACACAGAAAUCCAAAAACUCGUGAGGUGGAAAGUGGAAUGAUGAAUAAUGUCUCAAUGUUAUGUUUUCGUGUGUGUCUUCAUAAUCUUAUCAAUAAGUUUUAAAUCAACUUUGUCCUCUUUAACCGAUGUUACAUUAGAAGCUUUUGGAGCUAAUUCUAAUGGUGUCAUUGCGGCAUUUGGUGAUUUUAAUGCUGAUAAAAACAUCGAUAUUUUUGUCAUCACAAAUGGAGGAGCCAGUGUCCAAGUCCUUCUCACGUCCAUGGAAGAUGAGCCAUUUAAAAGUGUCACUUUGUUAAAAAACAGCAGCAGCAUUGGAAUAAUCAGCAAUGUUGUUCCUGCAGACUUUGAUGGUGACACACAGAUGGACUUGUUGGUGACUUGCAGAGUUGAUAGUAUGCCACAUGGUGUUCAAGUUCAAAUAUACUGGGGUGUCCUGACUACCGAUAGUCUUGUACCUGAGCCAUUGACGUUAUCAGGAAACUUUGAUGACCAGCCUCUGUUAUUGGAUGCUAAUGGUGAUCUCAUACCAGAUCUUCUUGGCGAGCAGGAUGGACACUCUUACUAUUGGAUAUUUAAUGAGGGAGACAGAGGAAAUGUUACCAAGCAUUUGGCCUCCUCUGUAAAACACAGUGUGACCAAACCUCAGUCCAGCGGCUUUGUGGAUAUGGACGGUGACCUGGCGGCCGAUAUAAGUUUAGUGACUGACGAGGGCAUUGAACAGUUGGAUAAUGUGCAUGGAGUGUUCCACAAUAGCCAUCCUAUUUUUACCUACCCAUCAGGGAUGAAGAAUGGGAACCGAGGUCAGGCCACAUAUGUGGAUGUUGAUGCAGACAGCAAGAUGGAUGUGCUGAUGCCGAGCUGUGUUGGAGAUAGUUGCGACAUCUGGGUUCUUUCCAAGCUUGAGUGGCAUAAACUUGGUGUCAGCUUUGACUCAGGGGGUGGAACCAUGUGGAGUUUUGUGACCCCCGAGAAGAACCCUAAAGGAAUGGAACGGUUACCUGUCACUCUGAGGUCGGGCGACUUUGACCUGGAUGGUUUCCCUGAUCUACUGGCUGUACUCCAGCAUCCAAACACUGAUGGGGAGGUGUUCCAGAGGGCGUACAUCCUACUGAAUGUGGGGUGUAGUGGAGCAGGGUGUGAGAUGUUCCCCAGAACGUACCGUGUGUCGUGGACUACCACAUUACAUGAUCACUCAGACAGAGCUGUACUUGCGACUUUCUUUGAUUACCAGGAAAAUGGUAUUUUGGAUAUUAUGGUGACAACUUAUAACAGUAAGAAUGGGUACCAGACUCACCUGAUGCAGCACACGUUUGAACAAGAUGCCUGUUUUAUAAAAGUGAUGGUGGCCAGUGGAGUUUGUUCCGAUAACUGUCCGGCUCACAGAAAGCCGUAUGGUAUCAAUCAGCCUGGUCCAGCGGCCAAGUUUUCUACACUGGACACUAAUGGUGAUGCUCAGGUCGGCACAGCCACCCAGUUAACACAGUCGGCAUACUUCUCCCUACAGCAGCCCUACAUUGUGUUUGGCCUUGGACAGACGCCCAACUUUGUUGACAAGUUGUACAUCGGCAUUCCACAUCCUAACGGCACAGACGUCAGGACAAGAAGCUGGUCCUCUGUCAUACCAAACUCUCAACUUAUCAUCAUACCUUACCCACAUGACGAACCAUCAAGCUGGUCAAACAAGCUUUUUGUGACCCCCAGCAAACUUGUGCUGUUGACUGGUGCUGCCCUCUUGGGGACAUGUGGUUUCCUAGCGAUGAUGGUGGGAAUUCUACACUGGCGAGAGAAGGUCGAAGACAAAAAAGAGAAAUUACAAGAUGCCCACAAGUUUCACUUUGACGCUAUGUAAGCAUGUCAACACAAUGGAAAUCAUCCUCCUGAUCACCAUCCUGAUGGUUGAUCACCAUCCUGAUCACCAUCCUGCCAGUUUUACUGUGUUUUCAGUGGAACACCUUUUAUUUGGAGUCUGAGCCAGCAAAGAGCAUUUGUAGACUUACAUGUCUUACAUCUCAUUAUGUUUCAUCUAAUAAGACUAUUUUACGUUACACAUUUUUUUUUGAUGAAGAUCUAGAUUUGGAAUGCAAAUAUCCAGGUUAAUGAGUGCAAUAGCUGGCAUAGAAACUGUUCCAAAGAAUGAGUGUCUUAAUUGUGAAUUUUCCAAAUUAACAGAACUCAUAUUAAUGUGUUACUACCACAUGCCUAAAUUGUUUUUCCUACAUUUGUAACAAAAAAAAUUAAGGGCAAUUAUGGACUAACUUGUACAGGAGGGCAGAAGUAACGUAUAUAUAAAAAUGUGUGGGUGGUAUGAUAGUCUUUUGUAAGAAUUUCUUUCAUAAUGUACAGGAGGAGUAAACUGGUAUAGGAACAUAUGAAUCCUAUUUAUAAUCUUAUUUACAUCCCGACAUUGGAUGGGUGAUAUGGGUAUGUCACCUGUUAUGUUAUUUACUUUUGAACAAGACAAACUCAUUUCCAGUGAUGUUUAUUAUAUGCAGAGCUUCCUCCUUGAUAGCUGUUUGUUUUCUUCUUUAUUACAUAAUAACAAGCGAUGAAGACAUUCCUCUUUCUCUGUGAUAGGUCUAUGUGAAGUGAGUGAGUUGUGUGUGUAUUAACAAUGAUUUGUGAUGCAGGUUUAGAUGUUUAUUAGUCAAAAAGCCAAAAUUAUGUGUAAAGCACUUUGUUCUAUGACACAAGUUUAGGUGCAAGGUAGACAAAUUGAUUGAGUUGUGUGCGAAUUACAAUACAUUGUAUUCAAUGGACGCAAGUUUAGACUUAUGGUAGUCAUAUUGUCCCAAUCUUGCGUGAGGUUUGACAUGUGGUAUAAUAUAGUUUAUGUCUGUGUUUAAAAACAUGUUACCUUUCACCUUUAUUUUUGUUCUUGUUCUUCUUGUGACAAGCCACGUUUUCUGCUGAGAUUAAUGUUGAAAUGUGCCAGACACUUUCUGACAAGUCAGAGCACAGCCCUUGAUCACAAAACUUCAUUACUUAAAGAAAUCUUUCAAUCUUCUUAAGGGCGAUUACUUCCUAAAUAUUAAUUGUUUAAGUAACAGGAUACACUGAAUGAAUUGAAGAUAAUCAAAAUGUGUAACAGUAAAAUAUAUAAAUUAAGAACAUGAUUCUUGGAGUUCAGUUUUCGUGAUACCAGGCAUACUGGUUGAAAUGAUCGUCAUAAUCAUUUUAACAGUUUUAAUUAUUUUGUGACAUGUACAAUAACACAUCUCGUCUAAGUAUCUCUGGAUAAAUAUUUACAUGAGACAUGGAUCUGAUUUAUUGUUCCCACAAACUGAGGUGAAAAUAUACGUGCUUUAUUCUGUAUAACAGGUAUUUUUCAUAAACACCUUAUUUUGUGUUUGCUUGCUUGAUGAUGAAUUUGCAAAAAUGGAACCAAAACUUUUCAUCAAACAAAAAAUACUGCACAUGAUAGCAUGGCGAUAAAAAUGGAAAAACUUAAAAGUUAAAAUUUGAAUUUGAACAAAGUUUGCAUCAGUUCCAUCAUGUGCUGUAUAACAAAUAAUUUUCCAAGAAAUGAUCAUAUGAAAACCUGUAUACCAAUAUUGCCUGUAGAGAGGGGUGGUUGUAUCACUGCCCUGAGUGCCCUCUGUUUGUUAAUCCUGCCGUCUGUCGUCUGUCGUUUUAGUUUACAUGUAUAUAUAUUUAUUACAUACAACAUACGUUUUUGUUGAAGUCUUUACAAGAUGCUUUAUUUGUAUGUCAGUGGUUACAUGAGCAUGCACAAUAUGCUAAUAUUUAUAUGUGUACAAGGUCGGUUGCUUUGUGACUUUGAAAUUAAUCUUGUUUAUCAAUUACUUUUUAAUGACAAUAAUAAAUAUUUAUUUGACCAAAAA